CAAUAAUAUAGCAAGAAGAAGCAGGAAAGAAACGCCUACUAAAUCAGAUCAUUAAAAUCCGAAAACUUAAUAAUACAUUAAAAUGCUAUCCCAAUACAUGGAGGAGUUUGAACAGGAACCCUUUGAGGUGGGCGAGUUCAUAGAACGCCUUACUUGGCGCACCAACAAUGAACUCCAGAAUAGCGAGGAAUUUCAUCCUGUGGCCCUGCACGAUACCUUCAUCCAAACCAUUAAGGACCUGAAGAUCCUGCAGGAGAAGCAACAGAGCAAGUGCGAACGGCUAGAGGAGUCGCUGCGCCAGGAGAAGGAGUCGCACGCCAAAAAGAUUGCCAAGCUCCAAGAACGCCACCAAACCGCCAUUGAUGUGUUCGGCCAGCUGGACGAAAAAAUCAAUUCGGUGGCCGGCAAGAUCAUGCACCUGGGCGAGCAGUUGGAGAAUGUGAACACUCCACGCAGUCGUUCAGUGGAGGCCCAGAAGUUACUUAAUUUUAUGUCCGAGUUUUUGGCCGCUGGCCCUGUAAUUGUCAACGAUAUUUUUGCGGAUGCCACAAGAUUAAGUGAGGCCGCAGAUGUGAUACAAAAGCUCUACGCUAUCUCGCAGGAUCUGCCGCCCGGAAACUUUGCGGAAUCCAAAAGAAAAAUAGAAAAGAAAUACGAUGAAGUCGAGCGGCGGUUGAUCGAAGAGUUUGCCACCGCCCAGAAGAGCGAGGACAUCGAGCGCAUGAAGACACUGGCCCAGAUCCUGUCCCAGUUCAAGGGUUACGCCCAGUGUGUAGACGCAUACAUCGAGCAGAGCCAAAUGCAACCGUACAGCGGCAAAGACAUCUUUAUAGGCAUUGUACCGCUGUGCAAGCAUCACUACGAGAUUAUCCAGAAGGUGUUUGCCAAUCCGCAGCAGGUUAUGUCCAAGUUCAUACUUAACAUCUAUCAACUGAAGCUACACCAGUACGCCAUGACUAAGUUGGAGGACAAAAAAGACGAGGAGAAAUAUCUUCGCACCCUUUAUGAGUUAUACUCGCGCACACUAAAAUUGUCAACAGAUCUUCAAAUCUACAUGUCCACGAUCGACGACGACUUGUUACAGAAGCUAACACAGCAGAUUUUUAUGAAGCAUUUGGCCGGCUACGCCGAAAUGGAGACCAAAUGCCUCACAGCCAAAUGUUCUACAGAGCUGGAAAAGUUCUAUGCCAGCAAGAAACACCAGAAGACUGCAACCACUAAGGGUUUUCGGCGAAACAUGGAGGUGCUGAUAGCCACGCGGGCUAACAUAAAUAUUGCUGCCAUCGAGGACUACGGCGGGGAGACGUUCCUGUCUGAGGAGCUGGCCAUCAACAUGCUGCAGGAGGCCAAGGCGUCGCUUAAGCGCUGUCGUCUGCUGUCCAACGAGACCGAGCUACCAGGCAAUGCUAUAAAGCUGAACGAUAUCCUUCUCCGUUUCUUGAUGCACGAGCACGUAGAUUACGCACUGGAGUUGGGUCUGCAGGCAGUGCCACUGGCCGAGGGCAGGGUCUUUCCCCAGCUCUACUUCUUUGAUGUGGUGCAAAAGACGAACAUCAUAGUCCAUCUACUGGACAAGCUGUGCCACACAUCUGUCAUACCCUGUGUGAGUAAUACGCCCAAAUACUCGGACUAUGUGUUCAAAAAGCGUAUUCUGAUGGAGCAAAUCGAGACCAAGCUGGACCAGGGUCUGGAUCGCUCCAUUAGCGCUGUUAUUGGCUGGGUCAAGGUAUAUUUGCAAUAUGAACAAAAGAAAACGGACUACAAGCCGGAAACCGAUGUGGAUACAAUAUCUUCAGCGGCGUGCUUGCAAGUCGUUCAGAGUCUGCAGCCAGUGAUUGUGCAGAUUAAAAAAUGUGUUGAUGGAGAGAAUUUGCAGAAUGUUCUCACAGAAUUUGGAACUCGGCUGCACCGAGUGAUCUACGAUCACCUGCAGACCAUGCAGUUCAACACGGCUGGCGCCAUGUGUGCCAUCUGCGACGUAAACGAGUAUCGCAAGUGCAUCCGCGAGCUGGAUAGUCCGCUGGUUACGCAGCUGUUUGACAUACUGCAUGCAUUGUGCAAUUUACUACUUGUUAAGCCCCAAAACCUUCAAGAAGUUUGCACGGGCGACACUCUGAAUUAUCUGGACAAGUCGGUGGUGCGGCAAUUCAUUCAGCUGCGCACUGAUUUCAGGAUCAUCAAGAACACCAACUAUCUGAAGGGUAUUAUUGAGUGAGGAGUUCGACGUCCAGAAUGAUUCACAUUCCAAAAUUUUCCACCUUCGCUGUCUACGGAUUAAAUUGAUUUAUUAAAGGGGACAUUAUCUAAUGAUA